AAAAGUAAAUAGUUCCUUUGUAUGCGAUCCCAUUUUAGAGUACCAUAAAUGGGCUGUUAUUUUAGUCAACCAUCUUACAAGUCUUGUGGACAACCAUUUGUGCCCCCUAUUUUAUUUAUGCCAAGUCCCGGGCUCUAUUUAGACCAACCCUAUAGAAAUUGGGGAUUACGUAAAGACAUGGAGUAUAAAGAGCACGCCUCACCUCUCUGUAACUCAAUUCAAGAUCUAUCUAAGAUGAAAGGAGCACCUACAGUGGCGUUGCUACUUUUCUUCUUGGCCAUAGCGACCUCCAUGGCAGAUGACUGGAGAGAGACCGUAGGCAUGGGCCAACCCAAGGUGAGCCACCUCCACUUCUACUUCCAAGGAGUGCUCACCGGACCAAACCCCACAUCCGUACUCGUGGCCGAAUUGAAUAGCACCCAGGCCUCACCCACUAGCUUCGGUAGCAUCUACGUGCAUGACGACCUACUAACAGAAGGCCCCAACCUCACUUCGAAGCUGAUCGGCACGGUACAGGGAAUUGAAGUAGUUUCUUCUCAGACAGAGUUAAGCGUCACCAUGGCCCUCAACUUUGUGUUCACGGAUGGCGAAUUCAAUGGAAGCACGCUCACGGUGGUCGGAAGGAACCCGAUACUGCAGGAUGUGAGGGAGAUGUCUGUGGUGGGUGGAAAUGGAGCUUUCAGACUGGCUCAGGGCUAUGCACAACUCCGGACUAUUUUGUUGGCCACCGGCUCAUUGACUGUGGAGUAUAAUGUCACUGUGAUCCAUUACUAGCUUCUUAUUUCACUGGUGUUGUCAGCUAUGGCGCAAACUCUUUUUGGAGAGAAUAACAAAUUCAGCAUGUAUGAGAUAAAAAGGAUUUUACCAAUUUUGGUAAAAUUUAUCAAUUAAUGUUUUAAUAUUUGGACAAAAA